UCCGAACGCACCAUCGCUUUUUUCUUCCAGCUAGCCAUUAUAAUCCUGGAUCAUUUCUGCAGCUCUGCUCUUAUUUCUUAGUGCUUCUCUUGGAAAAUCAAAGGCUACAAUGUUGAACCCUCAGAGGUCUCUGUCCGAGCUGCCCAAAAUGUCCUCCGCCAGCCAGGUGGAGAGAGCCGUGCUGGUAAGAGCCGUGUUUACGAGUGCUGCUGCGGAGGAAGAGUUCAACUGGCUACUCCGAGAGGAAGUCCACGCUGUCCUCAAGCAGUUGCAGGAUGUUCUCAAGGAGGCAUCACGUCGCUUCACCAUGCCCUCCCCAGGACUGGAGAGCCAGCUCAAGCAGGAGAACUUCAUCUUAGGCAGCUCCACGAUGGACCAGGUGAAAGGGGUGCUGACUCUACAGGGAGAGGCACUGACUCAGGCGGACAUCAACUUGAAGAUGGCCAAGAGCAGUCAGCUCCUGCAUUUUCAGUUCCGGGACGACAAGCACUGGAAGCUGCAGCAGAUCCAAGAUGCUCGGAACCAUGUGAACCAGGCCUUGCACCUUUUGAGCUGUCGAGAUGAGACCUACCACUUUAAAACGGGAGCAGAGGUGAACAAGCUGAUGGACGCGGUGAUGCUGCAGCUGACCAGAGCCAGGAACCGACUGACCACCCCAGCCUCGCUGACCCUCCCCGAGCUGGCCACCAGCGGACUAAUGAAAAUGUUCAGCCCACCCAUGCCUGGAGAUGUUAUGGUCAACUUUUACAUCAACCUGAGUAAGCUGUGUCUGACCGUGUACCAGCUGCACGUGCUGCCUCCUAACACCACUAAGAAUUUCAAGCCUGCUGGGAGCUCUGUGGUACACAAUCCUGGGGCAAUGUUUGAACUGAACAACAAUCGAUUUGAAGUGAGCCACGUGCACAAGGUGGAGUGUGUGGUGCCCUGGCUCAGCGACACCCUGGUCUUCUUCACCAUCUCUCUGCAGCUCUGCCAGCAGCUCAAAGACAAGAUCUCAGUCUUCUCCAGCUUUUGGAACUCGCGGUCCUUUUAAAAGAGUGAAGAGCACCUUCUCCACAGCCACCCCUCAGUGAUGAACCACAACUCUGUCAAGAAGCAUUCAAGCUCUCCUGCUCAAGUCUGCCCCAAGCCUGCUGCACUGAGUGUCUGCAGACUGACCAGGCCAUGCUGUUGUGGAGGUAUUAUGGUGCUCCUUCUAAGAUGAGGCUUGCACAUCAAAAGGAUCUAAGAGACAUUUCAGUACCUCAGUGUUUCCCUUAGGUUUUUAUGGUGGCCCAGGCAAUCUUUGUUUGCAGAAAAAGAGAGAGAGAUUUUUUUUUUUUUUUUACAUUGAAAAAAGAAUUAAAGGAACACUAUCUCAACAUGAAAAAAAAUAUCCUGGAUAUCUGUACACAUAUUGUACAAAUAUGGACAGUGCAAUGUCGUAGGACCAAAAGGAUGCCACCUCUUUUAAUGGAAAUACAAUUUUCAGCCUACAGAGGGCUUAAAUUUAUAGACACUCUGAAACUCACACUCGUAAUGAAAUGACAGAUGGUGUCUUGUGAGAUGUCCUCCUGGAUCUGUAUAAGGGCAUCACUGAGCUCUGAGUUGCUACCAGGCAGCAUCAGAUGGACCCAAACAUAAUGUCCUAGAGGUGUUCUAUCAGGUUUAAGUCAGGUGAUUGUGAGGGCAAUUUCAUUGUAUACUCUUGCCACACGAGGCCGGGCAUUGUCGUGCAUCAGGAGGAACCUAGGACUGGCUGUUUUCUAGCUGGUAGAGGUCUGUACAUCCCUCCAUGGAUCUGCCUCCCCAGACAAUCACUGACCCACCACCAAACCGCUCAUGCUGAGUGAUGUUGCAGGCAGCAUAGCAUUCUCCUUGCCUUCUUUCACUUCUAUCACAGGUGCUCAAGGUGAACCUGCUCUCAUCUGUGAAAAGCACAGGGCACCACCUGCUGUGGUCUAGUAAAUGCCAAUGGAGCUUCAGGGUGCUGAGCACAGGGCCCACUACAGGACGUGGCGCCCUCAAGCCACCCACAUUAAGUCUGUCUCUGAUUGUUUGGGCUAGAGCCCGACCGAUAUGGAUUUUGUUGUGGCCGAUAUGAAACCGAUUAUAAUGGGAGUUGGAGCUGCCGAUAGCCGAUACAAACGUUGAUAUAUUUAGUGAUGUAAAAAUUCACUGUAAAUCUUGAAUUGUUUAAAAAACUUAGGUUUGGCUCUAGUGGAUUCUAAAUUGGGUUUAUUUAGGCAACAUUUAUUGUUAUUCUGACUCUUUACGUCAUAUUUACAGACAGUAGAUUGGCCUAAUGGCAUUUUUGCAUCACAUUCUAGCUACUAGUGAUGGGUAUUCCAGUUUUUUUUUUUUUUUUUUUUGAGAACCGGCUCUUUUGGCUUGGCUCACUAAAGCAGCUGGCUCUUUCGGCCCCCAAGCGACUCUUGAGAUUGUUUUGCUGCAAGCAGGACUAAACCAAAACUGAACCAGGACUGAAAACGGACUAAACCAGGACUAAAACAGAUUUAAACCAUGUGUAAAACAGGACUAAACCAGAACUGAACCAGGACUGUCGGGACUCAGUCUCUCCCUCACUCGAGACCAAGAUUAGUCCAGGUUUAUUCAUUUUAUGCUGAACUGCAGCCAAAUAUGCACUUUUUUUUUUAAUCCUAUGCACACGCAGAUUUCUGAAAGUUUCGUUUUCAGCUGCUGCUGCUGCCAAACUACGGGUCUACAAGCGGCUUGAAGAGAAAAAGUGAGAAAAAGAGAAAACACGGCUCCCAAUAAGAAACAUGCUCCCGUUGUUCGCUUCAAAGAGCCGGCUCUAAGAGCCGCUUCGAUCGCGACCGACCCAUAACUCCUAGCUAGUAAAUAAACUACUGCUAUUAGCCUUUAGCCGUAAAAACGUGCGCGCCGCGGUAAUUAAUUAUAUGAAUAAAUGUGGAUCAUUCACACUUCUAUUCACAGCUCAUUUACAUAUCAAUGCAGGUCCAGUAGCAAAUAUACGGCCAAUAUAGUCACUUUACAAUAGACCAAUAGAAAACAGCCUGUUUAUGUGCGGGAGCUACAGCACCUAAUCGCUAAUAACAAAUAGCCAAAACUAGCUUCAAAGUUAACACAUUUCCAACACUCACCGCUCAUACAGGCUCCUCCUCACAUCACAAGUCUGCACUAAUAAAAGUCCUUUUAAUCCAGAAUCAAACCGAUUGUCGUAAAAAGAAUAUAAUCUCAGUGUUGCGUACCACUGCGGGUGUAAAUAAUAGCACGUGAGUGAAGUGACGUGACUCUGUGGUGUGUUCAGGGACAGUACGGACACACACACAGACAAAUGACUCCGGAGAUAAAUACUGAUGCGGAGCCACAUAUUAGGACAUUUAUCUGUCUGUAAAUUGGAUUAAAUGAACAGAAUGUAGUGAGUCUAAGCUUUAUAACGAGGUAUAACAUGCCCACGUGAAAUAUCGGCCCAUAUCAGCCGAUAUGUCUCCAGGUGCCCAUAUCGGCCAAUAAUAUCGGCCAGCCGAUAUAUCGGUCGGGCUCUAGUUUGGGCCGAGACCUUCACACUAAUGGCCUGCCGGAGGUCAUUCUGUAGGGCACGGGCAGUGCUCAGCCUGUCCUUUUUGCACAAAGGAACAGAUAUGUGUCCUGCUGAUGAGUCGAGGACCUUCUACAGCCCUGUCCAACUCUCCUAGAGUCUCCUGAAAUCUCCUUCAUGUUCUGGAGAUUGUGCUGGGAGACACAUUAAAUCUUUUUGUUACAGCACGUUCAGAUGUGCCAUCCUGGCAAAGUUGGACAAUUUGUGCAACUGUAGGCUUAAGGAAUGGCCUCAUACUCCCAGUAUUGAUAAUUACUGUAGCCAAAGCGGCACUAGUGGAAAACCAACCAAAAAAGAGGGAGAGGGAGAAGCUUGAAAUUACCUCCACAUGCAAAACCAGUCCUGUUUUAGAAGUUUUUAGUGCACCUGUUGUUCAUUUCCAUUAAAAGAGGUGGCAUCCUUUUGUCCCUAAGACAUUGCCCUGUCCAUGUUUGUAUAGAUAUAACAUAUUGUUUAAACAAAGUUACUUGUAUAUAUUUAAGCUAAUACAACAAGCAAAAGGCUUAUUUUUAAUACCAAUUUAUUAGACUGGAUUUCAAGGGGCCACCAUAUUUUCCUUUAAUAAUGGGAAACAAUGAGUUACUAUACUGGUCCAAAAAUUUAAGGGAAAAAUGAAUCCUUAGAAUAUAAGCCAAAACACUAAUGUACAAGUAAAACUCCCUGCACUAAUGUCUGAGUCAGUUUGAUCUAAUAUUAUUAUUUUCUAUAUGAAAAUAUUGGAAAAGAUAGUACUUUUAAAAAUUGAUUUUGUUAGCAAAUUGUGCUCAUUUUAAAGAUGCACUAUGUAAUUUUUCUAUGUAGAUGUUACUGCUUUCCUAAAAUUGUUCCACAGAAUGGUAUCAAAAUGAUCUAUCCCCAUCACUCACAAUAAGAAUGCAUGUUUCAAGGUAUUUUGGGUAAUAAAAACACGUGUAAUCAAACAAAUACAAGAUAGAUCAUUUUAAUGCCACACCAAGGACAACACUCUUCCAGGAAUGUUACAUAGUGAACUUUUAAAUUUGGAUUUUAUUUCAAACAAUUAUUAACAAAUAUUAACAAUUAUUGCCCACAGUUUCCCAGAAUCUUUUUGAUUCUUCACACUUGUAAGUAUGAUACAGAAGUUAAAUCUCAGGGUUAGACUGACUCCUUCAGCUGCGCCUUGUUCUUUACCUGUGACUGUGACCUACACAGAAAGUUUAAAGGUCCUAUAUUAAGCAAAACUACAUUAAGCAAAACUGCCAUGUUGGAAGGUUGUUACAUCCUCAAAAACAUACCUGGAGUGUUUAGUUUCAUUCACAUCUUUGAGUAAUCUAGCAUCACUUGGCUGUCUACAUCUCCAAAGCUCAAAAAGCUCUGUUCCACUUUGUGAUGUUUUUAAGCUUCAAUUGAAUUGCUUUAUUUACCAUACAAUAGAAUAAGAAGUUGUUGCCUUAAAACUGUUGUGGUUUUACCUUUUGUUCAGUUGAGAUUGCCACACAGUGUGCACCAAGCAGUGAAUGCAUUUCAGGCUUAAACAAUACGUGUAACUUCAAAGUUUGAAAAGUCCAUGGUUAGAGAAUAUUCAAAUGAUUCUAGUAUAGGUGUAUGGACUUUAAAAACACAGUGGAGAGUUUUCUGUAUUACCACUUGAUGGCAUCACAAGGUGGAGCAGAGUGUUUUCAGUUUGAAAGAAGAACACAACCUAAAUAUUCACGAAUUGUGUGUUAGAGUGAGUUAAACAAAACACAACUCCAGGUAUGUUUUGAUAAGUAUACAUUAUACAUUAUAACAUAGAUCAAAAUUUAGCAUAAUAUAAGCCCUUUAAAACAGAGUGCACUCCUUCUCUUCAAAGAUAAUUGAGAGCUGGGCAUUUGUUUGUGAAUAUAGUUAACAAUAGAAUGUGAAAAGGUAUACUUAAAUGUAUUCAACCAAGUUAGUCACUGCAUGGAUAAAACUCAGAUAUGAUUAAACUCUACUAUGCUGUGGGCUACAUGUGAACAUAGUGAUGGAGCCACAUCUGAACCAAUCAAACUCAUUUGCCUGUGUUGUUGUAUUAAUAUGUCCAUGAUAAGCUAAUCAUAUUGUGUGUGGUUCGUGUGUAUUUAAUGCAUACCUUGUGUUGUAUUUACUUUGCACUUUUCGUCCAACUCUAAACCUGAACAAACUUGUCUUUUCAUUCCAGUAAGUGUUAUACUACUUUGAAAAGCUGCUUAUGAAAUAAAAUGUGGAAAUUAUAUGUGUGUGCAAUGAAA